AUGCUCAAGAAAUACAUCGUCGUCAUAUACGCUAACCUACUGCUAAAAACUGCAUUUAACUCGAGCCCAUUUGGUGCGCUUGCCCUGGCCAUACAAACAGACCGGGAACCGUCAAAUACAAGGGAAGAAAUUAUUUCAGUUAACUACGAAUCCGAAGAACAAGAUCCAAGCGAAGCGUUUGACUACAUAGAAAUAGUAGAAUACACUGACGGUGGAAAUGUAGCAAGUGUAGCAAAUGACAGGUAUGACAACGAACAAGAUGUGGAACUGCAAAUCUUAAAUAAAAGUGUCAGAAGUGAGGAAGAAAGGGGGACACAAAAGAAGGAGAAAGAAGAAAAAGAUGUGGAAGAAGUGGAAGAAGUGGAAGAAGUGGAAGUAGUGGAAGAGGAAUACGAUGACGAUGAAGACUCCGAAAAAGAUGAAGAAAAAGAGUCUGAGGCCGAAAGCGAUGAAAACGAAAUGAGUGGCGAAUAUAUAGUACAAGAAGUGAACGAUGAUGUAAUAGUUGUGCAGGAAAAUAUAAACAGCAUUGACGAAUUGGAAGAUUCACUUGACUCCUAUAGAUCUCUCUAUUCAAUUUUCUUCGUCGAAUUUGAGACAACAGAAACGUACUUAAAUAAAAUUAUUAACUGUGCCACAGAUGAAGAAAAAAAUGAACUCUUAGAGGACCACAUUGGUAUUUUACAAGAAAUGUAUGAAAAUAACAAAAAACAUGAUAACUAUAGAUUACCCUUCGAGCUACGAGAUUCCAUGGCACUCCGAAUAAGUGACCGCCUUAGAGACUACUGCUUUUCCGAGCCCCUAACAGAUUCUUACGUGUUAACAUUAAAGUCUAUCUUUUCACUGGAGUUAGAAGUUUUCAAAGGACUCUUUUAUUACGUAAAACAUAAAAGCACCUAUAGUGAAAAAAAGGAAGUUAUAAACGACUUAGAAUUAAUAAAAUUCUAUCACGAAGAAUUAGUUACCGAUAAUGGCUUGUUCCUCACAGACGAACAGCUAGACAAUGCAGCAAUGAGGGUCUCCAACUUCGUCAACGACAUCUAUUUUCUCUGCUUCUCAAAUUGUCAAGAUAUGCUUAUAUUCUGUCAAAUAAGGGAAGCAAACGACGCAAACAUUACGAUGUGA